AUGGCGAACGGGCCGGGUAUGCUCUACGUCACAAUGCAGCCCCGCGAGGGGCUCUCGUUGGACCAAUUCCACGAAUGGUACAACAACGAACACGGCCCGACACGUCUCAGAUUACCACACAUCUUCACAAACGGGCUACGGUACCGUUCUACAGACGGCCACUGGCCGGAGUUCCUAGCAGCCUAUGACGUGACGUCUAUGCAGCUUCUCGACACUCCGACUUACACUAACCUCCGAGCUAACCGAUCUGCGAGAGAGGCGGCCACUAUCGGGCAGGUCGACGUUGAUCGAAAGUUCUUUGACCUCGUCGACUCACAGCAGAGCCCCUUAUUCGUCCCAAUCGAGAGUUUAACAGACACCGAGGCUGAGGGGCUUGUCUUGGUUUCAGUUGAGGUGUCCCUCAAGUCCGACGACGCUGAAGGGCCCGUCAUUGAAUGGUACAAGAAGGAACACAUCCCGAUGCUGUCCAAGAUCCCGGGCUGGCUUCGCAGCCGCGUCUUUCGCACUCCAUCGGCCAUCGAAGGCCGGGGACAGACUAGAGUCAUUACGUUGCAUGAGUACACCCGCGACAACGGGCUGGAUGGCCCCGAGCACAAGGCGGCCAUGAACACGACCUGGCGUGAUGAAGUGUUUUCCAAGUACAUUGCUCAAAAGGGCCGCCGGACCUACGAGCUGUUUUACGUCUUUGGGCCUGGACCUAGAGAGCUGGACUCUCUGUCUCGAUUACCGCAGUCUGCCGCCUUUUCCGACGGACACUUUUUGUCAACAACCCCGGGCGGACAUGCUGUGGUUGAGGCCUCCGUCAGCACUGCGGAUGGCUUGCGGAUUCCGUAUCGCCUAGAGGGAAAUCCAUCCCCCACAGCUCCGACUAUCGCAUUCUCGAACUCGCUCCUCACCUCACUCAACAUGUGGGACCCCUUGGUCGCUAUUAUCAAGACUGCGCGGGCAGACUUGCGCAUCCUUCGGUACGACACCCGUGGCCGGCACGAUGUGCCAUCUCCACCUGUUCCGGCCGACCUCGACAUGCUUAGCGAUGACCUGGCUACUCUCCUGUCGGCACUGCGCAUUCCCAAGCUUCAUGCACUAGUCGGGGUCUCGAUGGGCGGUGCGACAACACUAAAGUUUGCGCUCAAGUACCCAGAGUUGCUCGAGAAGUUCGUGGCUUGUGACUUUAACGUUGCCUCAAGCGAUGCCAACACGGCUGCAUGGAAGGAUCGCAUUGCCGUGGCGGAGGGGGACGGGAUUCGGAAACUCGCUAGCCAAACCGUCGAGAGAUGGUUCCAUCCGCACACGAUGAACGAUAAGAAGGAGGUUGCGGGAUGGAUGACGGAUAUGGUAGCGGCCAACAGCGUUCAGGGAUUCAAGCAUUCCUGCCAGGCAUUGUGGAAUUACAAUCUGCGUGACGAGAUGAAGAAUUGCAAGGUCCCGGGAUUAUUAGUUGUCGGUGACGGAGACGGCAAAGGCGCACUUGUAAAGGCGAUGGAUGGAUUCAGGGGGCUAUUGGGCGCCCAAGGGUCUGAACUUAAGAUCGUCCCCCAAGCAGGGCAUCUUCCGAUGGCGGAAUCUCCGGCCGAGUUUUGGGAAGCUGUUUCAGGGUAUUUAGGAGAAUGA